AUGGCGGAGGGGAAGAAACUGUUCAUGCGCCUGCUGGUUUUUGUCCGUAGCGCUCCGAAGCGCCUGCCUGAGGGGAGGGGGCAGGAUAGGAGGAAAACCAGGGAGAGAGAGAGAGAGAGCGUGGCGAGAGAGGCUGGAGAUGAGGUGAAUGAGGAGGAGACACUGCAGGAGCAGCAUCACUUUCUCGCGCCGUCACACGACCAGCACCACGACAAGAAUUCCUUCCUCUGCCCUGUUCCGAUGGAUAUCAUCAACUGUACCUUGGAUCUGUGGGACAGAAGCUGGUGGGACUGUCUCCCCGGGGAAACGUGUGCCAACCUCACAGCAAAUGAGAGCUACGCAGCCAUUCAGGACAGAUGCUUGACACAGAAAGCCUAUCUGGAGAGAUAUCUGGGGCCACUUCGUUCGCCGGUCUUUCUCCCGGUCUGCCUCAUCUACCUGUGUAUCUUCUUGGUGGGAGUGCUGGGCAACGCGUUGACCUGCACAGUCAUCGCACGCAACAAAGUGAUGUGGACGCCGACAAACUACUACCUGUUCAGCCUGGCCGUGUCGGACCUGCUGGUGCUUCUGCUCGGGAUGCCUCUGGAGCUGUAUGAGCUGUGGCACAACUACCCCUUCCUGUUCGGGAAGGGAGGCUGCUACUUCAAGACCUUUUUAUUUGAGACGGUCUGCUUGGCCUCCAUUCUCAAUGUGACGGCCCUUAGUGUGGAGCGCUACAUUGCUGUUGUGCACCCACUUCGAGCCAAGUCUGUGGUGACCCGCACGCAUGCCAAGCGGGUCAUCCUGGCCGUUUGGGGUCUGUCUGUGUUGUGUGCUGUUCCAAACACCAGUCUCCAUGGGAUCACCAUUCUUCACGCUCCCACAACAGGAAACCAAACUGUCGAGAUCCCAGACUCUGCCAUCUGCACUCUGGUGAAACCUCGAUGGGUGUACAAUCUGACCAUCCAGGUGACCACCCUGCUAUUUUUUGUCCUGCCCAUGUUGACCAUCAGCGCCCUCUACCUGCUCAUCGGCCUGCAGCUUAAGCGGGAGAAGAUAAGCCAGGCACUAGAUGCCAAGUCGGGUUUUGGUCAGGACAGUUUUUGCAACAUCCGUACUCAGCAGCAGAAGGCGCGGCGGCAGCAAGUCACAAAAAUGUUGUUUGUCCUGGUGGUGGUGUUUGCCAUCUGCUGGGCGCCAUUUCACACGGAUCGCCUCAUGUGGAGCUUCAUCAGCAACUGGACCGACAGCCAUCUUAAGUUCUUCGAAUACGUGCACAUCAUAUCGGGGGUGUUUUUCUACCUCAGCUCCGCCGUGAACCCCAUUCUGUACAAUCUGAUGUCGACACGCUUUCGGGAAAUGUUCCGAGAGGCCAUGUGCCACCGGCCGCACCACAUCAUCCCCAGGAAACACUCCCUCAGUGUCACCCGGGUGACACUCCGCAGCACCCUGAGCGAUGCUCCGCUCAGCCACAGGGCAGCUGUGGUGGAGGCUGAGGCUGAGGAGGGGAAGCUUAAGAAUGAAACCAGUUUUUUGUGCUAA